AUGGAAAAACAUCUCGUAAUGUAUUUAACCAGAAAAUCGAUUAUGCUUCUGCGGAAGUAUCUACUCGUUACGGAAUCUCAGGUGUCAAAGUGUGGAUUUCAUAUAGUAAAAAAAAAAAGGGACGUGCUAUAUCCGAAACGUACGAAAUUUAGUAAAUAUCGUAAAGGCAGAUGUAGUAGGGGUAGCAAACCAGACGGAACAAAACUUGGUUUUGGAAGAUAUGGCACUCAAAGUUGUAGAGCUGGUCGUCUUUCAUAUCGAGCCAUUGAAGCAGCGCGUCGGGCUAUAAUCGGGCACUUCCAUCGUGCUAUGAGCGGACAAUUCCGAAAAAAUGGUAAGAUAUGGGUAAGAGUUUUCGCAGAUAUCCCUAUUACCGGGAAACCUACAGAAGUUAGAAUGGGAAGAGGAAAAGGAAAUCCUACGGGUUGGAUUGCUCGUGUGUCCGCGGGACAAGUCCUAUUUGAGAUGGAUGGUGUGAGUUUGUCAAAUGCUCGACAAGCCGCUACAUUAGCGGCGCAUAAACCAUGUUCGUCAACCAAGUUUCUUCAGUGGUCGUAA